AUGACGACCAUGGAAAGCUGGUCUCACUGGAUAUACACGCAGCUUCGAAGAAGAAAGACAUCAUGCCACUUCUUCAACACUGGAGCAGAGGUGGAUGGCAAGCUGCCACUGGCCAUCAACUGGCAUUACAACACUGAGUACCAACAACUUGUGGUGCUCCUCAGCUUGCAGGAUGUAAGCAUCAUUACCAACAUCAUGGAGACCGAUGAUCUGAACAUCAUGUUGGGUAUGGACCUAACGGGCAAGCUCUGCACGGUCUACAUGUCAAACCCCCCCGUGUCACAAACAUGUUCACCGCUGCCACAAUGGACUGAUCAUGUUCACGCCCAUGUGGUUGUUCCGGGGUGA